GUUAAACUGCCAUGUGUACACAGUGUACAAAUCAUUUAGUGAACGAAUGAGUUUCUGUGUACACGUGGAGAGGAGGGAGAAAAUAAGAAAAUGAACGGAGAUAGAGUGAGACCGUCCGCUUUUUUGGUGCAGGGAUUGUCAACAUUUGCAAUUGCGUACCUCACAAGUCUAACGGGGCUCAUCUAUGGCUGGCCAUCUUACACUUUGGAGAUGUUCCAAUCAAACGGCACCGUACUGUCCGCACCCAUGUCUAGUAUGGAGGUGUCCCUACUGGGCAGUCUGACCAAUGUGGGAGGACUCCUGGCCACUCCAUUCUGUGGGUAUGCUGUCAACAAGUUUGGCAGGAAGUACGCUGCGAUUAUGUAUGGAUUACCCUUUGUGAUCUCAUGGGGUAUAAUAUCAGUAGCGCGAUGGCCACCUCUCAUCAUACUUGCAGUAGCACUUGGAGGAUUAGGUGCUGCUGGGCAAGCGGUAUCCUCGGUCUACAUAUCAGAGAUAGCGCAAGACUCUAUCCGGGGAGCUCUGACCUCCACCACGGUGUCUGGGUACUUCGUAGGUCUUCUCUUCUCGUACGCUAUAGGAGGUCAACUCAGUUACCAUCAUGUGGCUUACGUUCAUCUCGCUAUGUCAGUCAUGUAUAUGGUCAUAUUAACAUUUUUGAAAGAAUCACCAGUUUAUUUGAUCCAGAUUGGGAAAGAUAAGGAAGCCGCGGAGUCUCUGGCAUUCUACAGACGUGUGCCCGCCACAUCCAAAGAAGUGGAAGUCGAGAUAACUAAGAUUAAACUGCAAAUGGAUCCGAGAAUAGACAAGAUACUGCAAGGUGAAAAUGAUCCUAAUACAACAAAAGAACUAAUAGAAAAACAAUAUGAUCAAACACCCAGAAGUGAAUCUCAGUGGAAAUUUUUGAUGAAAUCAGAAUCAUCUCAGAGAGCCAUGGUGGCUGUACUAUUAGUAAUGUCAGUGACAAUACUAAUGGGCUCCAUUGUACUGCAAGUGUACGCGGAGCCGCUGUUCAAGGAAGCGGUGCCGACGAUGCAACCUAAUCUGUGUUCUGUUCUCUUGGCUGUAACUUACCUUCUGGCGAGCUUUCUUUGCGCUUUCAUGAUAGACAAGUUUGGACGAAGGCCGUUACUGACAGUGACAUCUGUGGGGUCAGCGUUGUGCAACUUUGUGUUGGGCAGCCAGCUGCAUUUGCGCUGGGGCCCGCACUGGCUCACCGCUGCCACUAUCUACGCUUACAGCUUCAUCUACAACUUUGGCGCUGCCGUUGUGCCCUUCGUGUUGACUGCUGAGGUCUUCCUGCCAGAGGUGCGUGGUCUCGGCAACAGCAUGUCAAUGGCGUGCAUGUGGAUAAUGAACUUCGUAACUCUGAUCAUCUUCAAUCCGCUGGUAGACUGGCUCGGUCUGGGGCCGGUCUUCUACGUGUUCUCUGGCACUUGCCUCCUCGGAGCAACUUACAGUCACUUCUGGUUACCGGAAACCAAAGGGCUACCGGCUGAUGCUAUACAAAAAUUGUUCCUUAAAAAAGAGGGAAGAGACAAGAAAGUUGUUAAAUAAAAUGUUUAGAUUAUA